UGUUAGCGCUCGCGGUGUUUCCCUGCAGCGUCUCUGAUCUGAGCCGAGCGCGUUCACACCUGGUGGGACGGAGGCGAGCCGUUUGGCGACAGACGCAGGCAGCUCCAGAUUUAAUCACUUGAGGAAUGUGGUUUCAUUAGGAGGACAGUCCAAACCUGGAUGUUUGCAUUUAUUUCAACUUCGGCGUAACUUUCACCAAUUUCCAGGUAUGGCUACAGGCGGGUUUAAGUCAAACGCAACCACUGACUUUUUGGAGGAGUGGAAGGCGAAACGGGAGAAAAUGAGGGCUAAAAUGCUGGGGGACAUAGCAGCGGCCACUGGGGUCCCCAUGAGCCCCAGCAGCAGCAGCAGCAGCAGCCGCGCGCCACCGGGCUCCGAGCCCAGCGCCAACCCGGACCGGAGCGCCUCCGCUGGGAACUGCCGCACCUCCUCCACUACCUCCUCCUCCACCACAGUGGCUCGGUCCCCCUCCAGCGGAGCGCUGAACAGACCGGAGGAAGAAGAAGCGCACCUCCCGGCCGCAGCCCCCACCGCCCAGGGGAGCAACCUGAAGAAGGCCCCGCCUCAGAUGGAGAAGGCUCGGUGCGCUUCUCCGGACUCCAGCUCCAUGAUGGCGUGCAAUGACAGCGACAAGGACAGUCCGUCACCAUCACCCAGCAAAGGGAAGGAGAAGAAAAGCUCUGGUCCCAGUGCAAGGAAGGGCAAAGGACAGAUAGAGAAGAGGAAGUUAAGGGAAAAGAGGAGAUCAACAGGUGUAGUCAGCAUACCGUCCAAUGAGAGCCUAGAUGAGCUGGAUGAUGACGAUGCAGGAGAAAAAGACAGAAGGGAAGAAGAGGAGCUGGUUCAGGCCAACACUUUCCAGAACGAGUCCCUGAUAGUUGACCCAGCUACUGGCUACUUGGUGGAAACCCCAAGAGCUGGAUCUGGACGUUAUAAGAGCUCUGCAAAACAGGAGAUGGAAGAGGAGGCCGGUGGGAGCAGCAGACAGAGAGAAAACCGCCACAGCAGAGAGGGUGGAGGUGGUAGUCUGGAGAAGAGGGUGGAGGAGCUGGAAAUGGAGCUGGCCAUUGUUCUCCAGGAGCAAUCCAGGUUGCUGAAGGCCCUGCAGGACAAAGAGGAUAUAAUUGAGAAGCAGAAAGAGGAAAUCGAAUUGCUGAACCUGGACCUGGAUGAGAUUGAAGAUGAGAAUGAGCAGCUCAAACAGGAGAACAAGACUCUGCUGAAGGUGGUGGGACAGCUGACGAGGUAGAGCUGCUCCAGCGACGCCAACAACUCCCUGACAUCAGAUCCUGCAGUGUGGCCUGUAUCUGUUUCAUUUGGUGUAGAUUACUUUAGCUUGUCAUCAUUUAAGUCAGAUGCUGUUAAUUUGCCCCCUUUUCACCCCCCUGUAAUUACUUUUUGUACCCAUUUUUUAUUAGUACGAAAUGGGGCCAAUUGAUGUUUCAUAGUAACUUCAGUCAAGAAGCUCCUUUCUAUCUGGUUUGGCAUCCAAAUUUUAGUCAAUUUUCUACAAUCAUUCUUUUUCUGCUGUUGAAAUGUGGUUCUGUGGAUGUAAUACACUAUAUGAACCAGCAGGAGGCUACUUGGGUAUUCUGGUUUAAUCAGUGUUACUUGAUCUAUUAUAUUUAGGAGAUCUUUAUGAUUUAAACAUGGAUUACAUCCAAAAUAAAAAGAGCUGGAGGGUAGAAUAUGACUUCUGAGAAAACCUUUCAUCUAAAAGAGUUAUUUAUCUCUAAAUGCUGAAAACAUUUGACAAGAAAAAUAAACUGCACAUGGGUACGAAAUGAAAAUAAGGGGCAAAUGAACUCAGAACCUUUGAGACUUAAAACCUUUAAGUGUAUUCCAAUCCGAGCUGAUUGGUGGGGUUUAUCUGACAUCGUAAACAUAUUUAAUGUAAAUGUGUUGUAUAUAGCCUGUUUAGAUUGUUCAUGUUCUAGAUUUGUCAAAUAAAGAAAAACCAUUGAAUGUAUACGCUCUAAUACCCAAGCACAGAAAAACAAAACAAAUUACUAGCAAAAAAAAAUCUUGCGUCCUGUGCAACGACUUUGAGUCGUGCAAAGAUAAAGAUCUGCUGCAUUUGGACCAAAUUAAACUCACUUUGACAGUAUCAGCAGCCAAAGUGCCUUAAAGUGCAUGAGACUUUUUUCUUUUUUUUUUUUUUUCUUUGAACUUGUUAAAGCCUGGUGCUUUAUUGAAUAAAUUGCAUUCCUGUUAUUCCAAUUUCUAAUAACCUUUUGGUAAAUUUCAAUCCAGUGGGAGCCUCUUAAAUCUUUAAAGUUAUGUCAAAAUGAAAUGAAGACGCCGAAAAUGUAUCAAUUCUGUAGUUUAUGCAUCUUAUUAACAUCUUGACUUUUAUUGUAGUCCGUGUCAAAAGGCUUUAGUGAUAUUUACAUGUUGCUACAAAUAGUGAUAGGUUUUCAGGUUCACCCAGGCUGCUAGGUGAACUAUUUCUUAUGAUAGUAAAGUGAAGUGAUGGAUCAAACUAUAUCCACUGUUUAGAUAAGGAAACAGACUUUAUGUUCGGUCCUGUGCAGAAACAUUUAUGACCUGUGAAUCUUCCCACAUUGUUACAUCAAAGCCACUUACAUCUUUGUAUAUUGUUGGGGUUUUAUAACAAGGGGUGAUUUCAAACGUUGUGGCGUAAUUGUGAAGGAAAAUGGAAAUAAUGCAGGUUUUUGUUUCAGAAAUUAAAAUCAUGUAAGAUUUGGUAAUCUAUAUCAAUCCAGCUUUGUACAUUGAUGGAGUAAAAUUUUGUACCUAUAUUUUUUG